AAAGAAAAAAGCCAGCCUUUCGUUCCCAGCACCUGCCAGUCCGACGGAGAGGCAAGCAAGCAAGAGGCGAUGUCCGCGGUUCGCGUCCUCGAGUGGACCUUCGUCUUCUACUUCCUCGCUCACAUCUCGCUGAUUCUAUUCCUCGAUGUGCGUUCGUUGUGGCCUGAAGUCUACUUUCCCGGCCUGUCCCAAUUUUUUACCUGGUACAUAACUACCUUCAAGGAUCCACUAAUGGGGAAUCCCGAGCCCUGGUUCCGCUCCUUCCUGUACAUGGAAGCCAUUCCAGAACUGAUUUUCUUCCCCAUUGCUACCUAUGCUUUCUGGAAAGGGAAUUGCAAGUGGAUCCGGACUCCCAUGGUGAUCUACGCAACCCACGUAAUUACGGCGGCAGUUGCUUGCCUGGCCCAGAUCCUGUUUGCCGAUUUCUCUAAUACCCAAGUCCCCAGCCCAAGGACUCUGGGGGAACGCCUGACCCUCUCUGCUGUCUUUGCUCCUUUCUUAGUGGUUCCCCUCCUGAUGCUGCUCCUGGUGCUCUUCAGCCCUGCUUACAACCAAGUGGAAAAAGAGAAAAGGAAAUAAAGGCAUCGGCCCUUCUCCUGUGGGAAGGGAACGUGCAAACUGGGUCGAGGGAAGCGUGCUUGGGUUCCUGGAGGAGCAGAGGGUGGCCGAGGCCUCGGGGUCCCUGUGAAGUGGGAGAGGCUCUCAGGAGGGAUCCCAAAGGUGCUUUCUCAAAAGGCUACAGGACUUCCUUUGGUUUUUUUCCUUGAAGACAUUUCGCUCAGAGGUGGGUUUCAUCAGCAGGUUCUUUCUGAUCAGUUCUGGAGAACCAGUAGCAGAAAUUUUGAGUAGUUCGGAGAACCGGUAGUAAGAAUUCUGACUGGCCCCACCUCAGUGGUGAAAUGUAAAAGUUGUUACUACUGGUUCUGUGG